CGUCCCCCCAACCCCCCCGUCCCCCCCCCCAACCCCACCCCCACCCACACCCCCCGCCAAAACACAACCCACAACCACACCAAUUCAGUCUGAUCCGUACUAUCAGACUUUCUUUUUAUAUUCCUAUUGAUUCUCCAUUCUUUAUUUGUAAUUGAUUUGUUCGUUGUUGUUUUUUCGCUCGAAGAAGGUUAAAAGAUGCUUUUACUCUGCAUGAUAAUCCUUUUUGACUCCUUUGAUCACCGAAUUUAGUUGAAUACUUAACUCGAUUUAUAAGAGUGUAUAAAAGGAUGCAACAGUUGGUUUUGUCUUAUUAAUUCGAUAUUCUACUAUUGCGUCUUCGUCUAUAGAUCAUGUUCUAAUUAUUUAUUCGAAUAUGAUGUUUUCAUUUCAUAAAAGUUGAAUUCUGAUCGAGAAAAUCGCGGAAUUUUCGCGUCCGAUUUAGAAAAAAUUAAUUAUCUCGGCAAUGAAGCAAAAUUUUAGAAAAAAGACCCAUACCUUUAAAGCCUUCAACGAAUCUAAUGACGUGCAAACGGCUACUUUAACCUUUAACACAAAGAACUAGAUAGAAUUAUAAAAUUUCUUGCUCGCACUUUAGAGGAUGUGUUUGGGAUGUCCAAGCUGGACAAGCUUUUAGCUUCGAAAUUGAUCAGAUACCAUUUUCCUAUUCGGUUUUCAAUGCUGAAUAAGAAAAGAUAUUUUGAAAUUUUUUAUAGUUGUGUGAGCCUCAGAUAUUGAGCUUUCUUUGGACUUGAAGGAUUUUACCGCGCUGCGAAAGAUUCAUUCAAGUUGAGACGAAAGGAUUAUUUCUUAUCAGUCUGUAUUGUGAACUGACAAGACUAUAAUACAAACUUUCGUUUAAUGAAAUUGUUAUCUGUGAAAGAAUAAAGAGUGGUGUCACCAUGAUAUGCACGUUUGUUUCGCGGAAUCUUGUUUUCGAAUGUUUAGUGCGUUUUUCACCGCAUCUAUUUUUGAAAAAUGUUGAUCACUUUUUCGAACAUCUUUAUUACAUCGUGGAAGGGACGUGAGGAAACGGCAAAUACUUGAUUCAUGUCACGUUAUCAAAGUAAUAUACACGGUGGAAAGAUUUUGUUUUACAAAGACCCAGUUUUGCUCACUUUGCGUGCGCUGUUUGAAACACAAAUUUCUGACAGAAACUUUGAGAAAAGUUAGUCUUUUACUACUUUGUCUUACCACUCUGGUAAAGAUUCAAGUUGAGACGAAAGGAUUACUUCUUAUCAGUCUGUAUUGUGAGCUGACAAGACUAUAAUACAAACUUUCGUUUUAAUGAAAUUGUUAUCUGUGAAAGAAUAAAGAGUGGUGUCAAAUAACGAACGAAAAGGUAUUGUUCUACUUCACUUUAUUACAUAUAUGAAUACACUAUGUUUAUCAUUUUCAAAAUUAGAUCAUUCGUUAAACAUGCAUCUACUUGGUCGUAUUCUCUACGGUAGUGUUCUCAUUGCCAUUGCCUGUGGUUACACAACAUUAGCUCCAAAUCAAAAGAAAUUACUUCGAUCAUUGGAAUUAUUAAAACAGACUGAAGCAGAGCAAACAUUCAAUCAAGCACUCACACUUGCAAUCGAAUCAAACCCUGAAUUGACUCAACAUAAAGCUGUACUCUUAAAAUUCUUUCAAAAACAUUUUGCUUUUAAUUCACUAAAAUAUGAUAUUGCAAAAUUAUACAUGGAACAUUUUACACUCAAAGAAAUUAAUCAACUGAUCAAAUUUUAUUCGGAGCCACUUGGUAAAAAAUUAACUCGUGUACAACCUCAGUUACUAAUCCAAAUACAAAAAAUUGCUUCUGAAAAGAUGGCUACACUUUUGCCGAAACUU